AUGUCUGACGCAAGAGAAUCCAAGGCAAAAGAGUCAAGGAAAAACGACGACAAGAUCAGGACGUUGGAGGAAGAUGACGAGUUUGAAGAUUUCCCCGAGGAUGAAAAAGAUUGGACUAGCAGCAAAAUAAAAGAAGAAACGCUAUGGGAACAAGAUUGGGAUGACGAUGACAAUCAGGACCAUUUCUCACAGAAGUUGAAGGAAGAGCUCCUUAAGUCGCAGAAACCGGCUACUGCUUCAGCCAAGUGA